UUAACUAUUUACUGUUAUCUUGGUAAUUGAUAACAUUGAUAAACGGAGUAAUGACGUCAUGAUGAAGAAUAAUAAUUUUCCCUGCUAUGAUUAAUUUGUGGAUUGAUAGCGAAGAUAACAGAACCAGACAACUCAAGUCGUAGAGUCGUACUAAACAUACAACUGUUUGAUCACCAAUGAGUACUAUGGCCAAGACCAACUUCACUUAUUGUAAUAGAGUGCAAUAAUAAUCUUGUUACAAAACAUUAAUAAUUGUUAUUUAAUAUUUAGAAAAAUUAUUAAGUUGUAUACAUUUUUAUGUGUAAACAUAAUUACCAACGUUAAAUUUAUCAAGUAUUUUUUUGAACAAGUUAUUUUUGAAACAAUAUAGUAUAUUCUACCUAUUCUAAAAUGUGUGUUCCUUUUCAAAAUCCGUGUGCUACCACUUUAUAACACUCAUAGCAACAAUAAAUUGUCAAGUCACAUUACAUGUCUCGCAUAGACUUUUGCCCUUUGGAGUCACAGGAAUCCUUAAAAAGGUUUCGACUAUUGCCUUGAAACAACACAUGCAUUCUACAAGGCCAAUUAAUUGCGGCGCUGUUGAUCAAUGGGAAACUGUUUUUCAUGUUUGCGCUCUAAGAGUACCGCUAGGCCGGUGGCACGUUCCAGUGACAACGAAAAUUCAGACAAUGUACCAGACAAAAGAGUUGAAGGUCUAGAUUCAAAUGAUUUAAAUCCCCCAGUGAUGGCUAUGAGCAAUGGAGCUCAUAAUGCUCCUGUUUUAGGAUCAGUGGGUAGUGAUAACUGUGGUAGCUUGCGUUCCUCGUUUACCUGUACUCGUUUGACAUCAACAUUAAACAAGACCAACAUAAGGUUGAAUAACUUUGCCACAAAAAGUUUCCAAACCAGGGUUCAAAAGUUAUUCGAUAUGUACAAAGAUGCUGUCGAAGACUUGAUAUUAAUUGACGGAAUUGAAAGACUGUGUAGUGAUUUACAGAUGUCACCUGAAGAAUUCCGCAUUCUUAUAUUAGCAUGGAAAUGUGAUGCUCAUCAGAUGUGCCGAUUUACUCGUGCAGAAUUUCUUAAUGGUUGUCAUGCACUUCAAGUAGAUUCUGUGUCAUUGAUGAAAAAUAAAUUGUCAGAUGUAGCCAAUGAUCUCAAUUAUAAUACUGAGGAAUUUAAAAGUUUAUACAGGUUUACAUUUAAAUUUGGGUUGGACAAUGCUGUGGGACAACGUAUUCUUCCAGUUGACACCGCUAUUGUAUUAUGGAAAUUAAUUUUUAAUAUCCGUGAACCAGAAAUAUUACAACGUUGGCUAAACUUUUUGGAAAGUCAAGAUAAUAUAAGAGGUAUUCCUAAAGAUACAUGGAACAUGUUUUUAAAUUUUGCUGAAUCUGUAUCCAAUGGGGAUCUUUCUAACUAUGACGACACAGAAGCUUGGCCAAGCGUUUUUGAUGAUUUUGUAGAAUAUGAAAAUGAUCAAGCCAAUCAAAACAUUAGCGAAAAAGGAACUGGAAAAAAGCAUGGCAGUGUACUUUAAAAUGACAUAAAAGACUAUCACUAUUUUUUUGUGUGUUAUUAGACUUAAAAACAAUGUUUGACAAACAUAUUGUUUUGUAAUAAUAACCUAAAAAUCAUCAAUUUAUUACAAGCCCGUCCAAUAUUAAUAUAAACCUUUGUGGUAUUUUAAUGGCAAUAUUACUUUAUAAACAAAUCUAAAAUUGUAUGUAUAUUAAGUUGGAUUAGUUCAAUUUAUUAUUUAUUUUUAAUUUACCUAUAGAUCAAAAUAAAUAAUUCAUAUUUUUAUA